GUGUGUGUGUGUACACAUGUGUUUUUGUGUGUGCAGCCUUUUAUGUUCCAGUGCUUUUACAUACUUUCUUUUAAAAAAGAAAGGGUUUUUCAAGUGACACAGACAGUCUACUCUUUUGCAGCAUUCAAUAAUUGUAUUUCCUUAUUAUUUUCAAGUACUUUGAAAUAGCUAAGAGUUCAAAUCAAUAAAAUAGACUCAGUAACAGGGAUGACUGCCAGAGUAAACAGUGUUUCAAAGGUUAUUAUCCUUUCACAAAUGUGUAGAAAAGUUUAAGGACUCUGCAAAGCUGCGCAGUCACUUUCCUCAUCUGGAUCUCAUCUGAUCGGCUGCUGCCAUGAACCUGAAGCUGCUCUUUUUUUGCCUUGUCUUUGCGGUGCUCCUUUUACAAGUUGAAUCCAAACAAAAGCACAAAGACAAAAAUGGUCCUCCUGAGCGAAAUGGCAAACGUGGUAAACAUGGAAUGCGUGACAAAAAGAGAUUGAAGUAUAAAGACAUCGUUGAAGACAUCAUCUUCGCAGCCUCGUUAGAUGAUGACGAUGAUGAUGACCAAGGAAAUAUGGACUGGCUUCUUGAUCUUCAGGAGCCUGAGGGUAGAUGCAAUCCAAACCCUUGUCAAAAUGAUGGUGUGUGUGAGGAAAAAGGCAGGAGAGGAUACAAGUGUGACUGUCCUAAGCCUUUUAAGGGAAGAAAAUGUGAAAAAAGACCAAGAAUUUGUCGAAGGGGGAAAUGUGGACGUGGCGAGUGUGUGCUGACUUCAACUCCUCCAUUCUAUGAGUGCAAAUGCAAAGAGCCCUUCCAGCCACCAGACUGCAAAGUUGUGGCGGUGUGUGAGCCAAAUCCCUGCAAAAACGGCGGCCAGUGCAUUCAGGAUGGUAAUGACUUUGACUGCCAGUGUCCCGAAGGAUUCAGUGGACGUUUCUGUCACGUUGGCCCAGACGACUGUUAUGUGGAUGAUGGGGAGACAUAUCGUGGAGUUGUGAGCGAGACGGAUGACGGCAUUGACUGCCUCUACUGGAACUCUCAUUUCAUCCUUGAAGGUGGCGCAGACCCCUUCAACUCCUUUGAAGACAAAGACGGACUGGGCCCUCACAAUUUCUGCAGAAACCCCGAUGGAGAGCCGAGACCCUGGUGUUUCUACAGAAGAGGCCGCCGUUUGCUUUGGGACUAUUGUGAUGUAGCACAGUGUCUUCAGACAACAGAAGUGGUGCCGACUGGAGAUCCUCAACCUACUUCUAGGCCGGCAGAAACCACUCCACCAACAGCCGUGGUCACUGAAAAGGAACCUGCUGUUAAGCCCACAGAUCCUUCAAUCACCCCUGGUGACCCCAGUGCACCAAAACAAUUUCUCACAUGUGGCAUGCCUCAGCCCAAAAAAGCCUUCACUCGAAUCUUUGGGGGUCUAAAAGUAUCUCCAGGAGCCAUACCCUGGCAGGUGUCUGUUCAGGAGAGGCCAAAGAAUUCAAUCUCGCCACACAGACCCAUCUGUGGAGGAGUUCUUAUUUCCAGUUGCUGGGUUCUGACGGCUGCACACUGCAUUGAUAAGAGCAAGGAGUUGCAGGUGGUCAUGGGAAGCCUCUCACUGGACAGAGUGGAACCCACAGCCCAGACUGUCGAAGUUGAAAGUUCUAUUGUGCAUGAGAACUACAGGGAAACGCCUGAAGCUGUUUACAAUGAUAUAGCCUUGCUGAGGCUCAAGGGGACUGAUGGAUUUUGUGCCAACGAGACGCAGUAUGUAAAGACAGCCUGUCUGCCGGACGCACAGCUCCCUGAUGGAACGGAGUGUACCAUCUCCGGUUGGGGUGCCACUGAGACAUCGGAAUAUGGUUCCAAUCACCUGCUGGAAGCUGAUGUGCUACUGAUCGGCCAGGAAAAAUGCUCUGAACCCAAGGUUUACGGCAAAGUCCUGGAUAAUUCCAUGUUCUGUGCUGGCUAUCUGCAGGGAGGGGUUGAUUCCUGCCAGGGGGACUCUGGUGGACCACUGACUUGUAAGGAGAACAACACCAGCGUUGUUCAUGGGUUGGUCAGUUGGGGAGAUAAGUGUGGAAGCAAGAACAAACCUGGAGUCUACACACGAGUCACUGAGUUCCUGAACUGGAUCAAGUCAAAGAUGCAAGCUUCUCCUUAAACAUUCCCAUGCUAUUUUCCAUCAACAUGCCAACGUUGUUUAGAAUGGAAACUUAUCAUGACUGGGCUUUUGAGUGAUCUAUACUUCAGUCUUAUUUUGCUGGUGAUAUGUGAUUUAUGAUAAAUCACAUAUGGAAAUUGUUGGGUUUCUGUAAUUAACUUGAGAGUAGGGUCUGGCCUGCUCUGUUUGGAAAGCGCUGU